AUGCACAACAAUACUGCCCAAAAUCGAAACAGGAGGCAUUCGAGAUCUCGGAAUGGAAGUCGGCGAAUAUCAACGUCGCAACCUCCUGUGGAAAACGACGGUUCUACUAUACCAGAAGGAGAACUCACUAAUUCCUUGGAUCAAGGAAUGGCAGCGGUCCGUCAGUGGAUUCAAUCAAGAGAAGAUGAACAUGGCAGUAUACAUCAAGUUCCAAGAAGCCCAAUUCUGUGUCUAGAUACUGCUCCAUCGAUCGAUAUGGAUGACAAUUGGAUGGAUGAGCGCCUUACCAGAGACAGCACACGCAGUGUCAGCAGUACUUCAAAGGACACAUCGCCAGCAACUCCGCAGCAUGAGCGAAUACUCAGGGAAAGCUUGCCACAAAUUGUUUCGACCAAUGACUCUACCGCUUCCGAACGACUUCGACAACGAUCUCUGUCGGAACCCGAUGAAGUAAGAAUACGCAAUUGGCUCUUUCAACAGGCAGUCUCGGCACCAGAGCGACAUCGUAGAUACCUGCGGGUUGAGAAUGCACGAAAUGCAAAUCGACAACAGAGGUGGUGGCCCUUUCCGAGAUCCAACCACCAUGGAAGUAGAUCCAGCACUACCGGCCAAAUUGAAAUCCCCCCACGAGGUUCCUUAUCCGCAACUUCCUCACCACAUCAUACGAGUCAACCACCCAACGUCUCCUUUUUGUAUGCAUCUCCGCGUGUCAUUCGAGACGAACAACUGUCCUCACGACGUUCACCUGCGGAUAGUACCAACCCAAAUGACUCGUUGGAAGAACUUGAAAAUCGAGAUGGUGCGGACAAUGCUGGACCUCUCGAAUCAUCGGAGCAUGCCAUGGAACGUUGGACGCAAAUCAAUAGCCGCUUCCAAACCAUCAUUACGUUGGUGGCAUUGGUCUUUAGUCUACUUUUGUUUGCCAUUUUGUUGUGCUGGGUACUCUUGACGAGCGCUUAUGCAGUGACAGUCGAACAGGCAUGUGAUCUUCCUCUGCGCACAUACUAUUGGCUGGUUACAUUUCAGUUGGUUUUGGAUGUCUUUCGUUCCGAUAUCAUGAGACUUUUCUUUCGAUGGGACGCCAACUCGAACCAGGGAAUUCCAUGUCGUGUGAUUACCUACAACUUUGCUUAUUUGGCGUACGCCUUGCUAGUCCUCCGUAUGGGAGUGGAUUGUAUUGUAUUUCAAGACAAGACUACCUGCCGUAAUUCUGCUCCAGAACUCUUUCAGGCCAGCGCGGCGUUUGUGUAUCUCUCGAGUGCGGCCUGGGCUACACUUACAUUUGGGUAUCUAAUACCCUUUUGCGUCGUGGCAAUUCUCCUUACUUGGAAUGGAUACACACCAUCCGCGGACAAUCAGUCGCAAAAUCAAUUCACAUUCCCCACGGCAAUGAGUGCACCUUCUGGGACCGUUGACCGCCUCCGGGGAGUAGAUUUUGAUGGUUUUCCGCGUUAUUAUCCAACGGAAUGCUGCAUCUGUAUGGAAAAGUUUACUGCUGCCGAAGAAAUUGUAGCCACAGAGUGCAAUCAUGUGUUUCACAAACAGUGUUGCCGUGAUUGGCUUCGACAGGCCAGAACCUGUCCUGUUUGUCGUAUGGAUAUUCCAGAUGCAUUGGAUCGUGCGGCACAAGCACGAGAUCGCAGUACCCCGCGACUUCAGCAUGUUCGAAUUCGCGAUGCCUCCCGAACACAUUUGCACCAUGAAGUCGUCAGUUUGCUUCAGAUCCUUCGAAGCAGUGAGCGCCGCCUUCGUCGUCGCAGGACGGAUGCGUCUCGCAAUCCAGCAGUUCGAAGAAGGAAUAGUGAUUCGCGUUUGCCGUCCAGCAGGUUUAACACCAUGGAGGAGGGCCGCGCAAGAUAG